AUGGGGCCUCCUCUCCCCAUAGGCUAUGUCGGUGCCGCCACCGUUGGUGCGGCCGCCUGGUGGUUCCUAUUCGCUGAAGAUGGCCCCAACGUCAGCUACCACCAACUGACCCACUUCAUGCAAUGUGGGGAGCACAACGUGGACUUCGAGGGCUUGGACUGCGACAUCUUCGAGUCGCCCGUGCCCAUGACCAUGGCCCUGUCCGUGCUGGUCACCAUUGAGAUGUGCAACGCCCUCAACAGCCUCUCUGAGAACCAAUCACUGGCCCGGAUGCCGCCGUGGGUCAACAUCUGGCUCCUGGGCUCCAUUUGCCUCUCCAUGUCCCUGCACUUCGUCAUCCUCUACAUCGACCCAUUGCCCAUGAUCUUCAAGCUGACCCCGCUGACGCUCACCCAUUGGCUGAUGGUGCUCAAGAUCUCCCUGCCCGUCAUCCUAUUGGACGAGGCCCUCAAGUUCAUCGCCAGGAACUACCUGGAGGCACCUGAUGUCCUGGACUCCCAUAAGAAGAAGAAGUGACCCCAAAGCUGCUCCAAGCCCCACC